AUGUCAGGCCUGAUCGAUAUUUGGACGCUGGAGCGGGAGCGGAUGGUCCGUACCGGGCGCGCGCAGGCGUUCUGGCCGGUGGUCUCGCUCGGCGGAGGCGCACGGCACGGACGACGCGACACGGCUCGAUCGGAGUCUGGUGGGGGGAGUAGUAGCGGCGCUAAGCCCUACGACGGAGUCGGUGCCGUGCUCGUGGACGCUGCGGAGAAGCAGGCCGCUGCGUCUGCUGGUGCUAGCCCGCCGGGGUUCGUCCGAGAAGACGCUUUCUUGUCCAUCCUAAUUGAUUGCUUCGGCCAGUAG